GCUAAAGCUUUCUCUUUUCUUUUUUCCUUUCGUUGAGAGAGAGAUAUUUGAGAGGAAACAAAUUCUCUCCUCCUCAACCUCAACGUAUAGCGGCGUGGGGCUGUCCGAAAUCUCGCUGGAAACGAAUCCCUCCCUCCCUGCAACGCAACCCCAACCCCAAACCCGCCAGGCUAAUACGCCAAUUUCGAUCUCCCCCCACCGAAGAAGAAUCUCCCGAUCAAAAACAGCGAACCAAUUGCAUUUCGAUCUCAAAACACUUUCUUCUUCCCGGGAUUCGCACUCCUCGUCGCUGAAAUUUGGUGGGUUUGAUUCCCGGUGAAAUGGGUUGUGAUUAUUCUUUCCAGAUUUUGAUUGGGUUGUUUUGAAUUCCUUCGAAAUUGUUUCCAAAAUGUCGUCUUGCUCAUGUUGCAGGUGUUCCACAGCUGCGAGUCUCCCUCCACCACCUCUUGUUUUCCGGCGAAACAGCAAGAGGGGGAGAGAGAUGGAUUACGAGAGCAGUAGUUGGAUCUGGGAUGGGGUUUACUGCCACCCGCAUCUCUUCGGCGGCCUGAUGCUCACCGCCGCCUUGCUGGGUUUAUCCACCAGCUACCUCAGCGGAAUCGGCUUCUCUUCUUUCCCCUACAUGUUCUCCGAUCUGGGCAUCUUCCCUACCAAGAGGCGCGAGAACAAGAAGCGGGUCCGCGUCUACAUGGAUGGUUGCUUCGAUCUUAUGCAUUACGGCCAUGCCAAUGCAUUGAGGCAAGCCAAGGCCUUGGGAGAUGAAUUGGUGGUUGGAGUUGUGAGCGAUGAGGAGAUCAUUGCCAACAAGGGCCCCCCUGUUUUGUCCAUGGAAGAGAGAUUGGCCCUUGUGAGCGGAUUAAAAUGGGUGGAUGAAGUGAUUGCCGAUGCUCCUUAUGCUAUUACGGAACAAUUCAUGAACAGUCUGUUCAAUGAGCAUAAGAUUGACUAUAUCAUACAUGGUGAUGAUCCUUGCCUUCUCCCUGAUGGGACCGAUGCCUAUGCCUUGGCCAAAAAAGCCGGCCGUUACAAGCAAAUUAAACGGACUGAAGGUGUUUCCAGCACGGAUAUUUUAAUCUAUGUGGUUUUUGGGAAUGUAGGAAGGAUACUUUUGACGUCCAAGGAUGGCGAGGUUCGAGACAACCAGGAUGGCUCAUCGCCUUUACCUGCUGAUAAGGGUACUCAAUCCCAUAGUUCGCACGUUUCACAAUUUCUACCAACGUCUAGACGGAUAGUGCAGUUUUCUGAUGGCAAGGCACCGGGACCAAAUGCUCGUGUUGUCUACAUUGAUGGAGCCUUUGACUUGUUCCAUGCUGGGCAUGUUGAGAUUCUCAGAAAAGCUAAGCAGCUUGGAGACUUUCUGCUAGUUGGGAUCCACACAGAUCAAAUUGUCAGUGAACAGAGAGGGAAAUAUUACCCAAUCAUGCAUUUGCAUGAACGUAGCCUUAGUGUUCUAGCAUGCCGGUAUGUUGAUGAAGUCAUCAUUGGUGCACCAUGGGAGGUUUCCAAGGAUGUGAUAACAACUUUCAACAUCUCACUGGUGGUGCAUGGGACUGUUGCAGAGCGAAACUCCUCAUCACCUGGAGGAAAUGAUCCUUAUGCAGUCCCAAAGGCCAUGGGUAUUUUCAGGAUGCUCGACAGCCCUAAAGACAUAACAACCACAUCAGUCACCAAGCGUAUCAUCGCUAACCACGAGGCCUACACGAAACGAAAUGCGAAAAAGACUCAGAGCGAGAAGAAAUACUACGACGAGAAGGUAUACGUUUCAGGAGACUGAUCAAAGACGGACUGAGAUAGUUUGGCCAAGUAAAGAGGCGUUUGUGCUGCAGCAUAUAUAGGCUUAUGGUAUGGUUUAUGUGAAGAAGAGAGAACCCAUAAAGACGGAGAGCCAUGUUUGCCCCGAAAUGGUUCAGAGAAAUGGUGGCCAAAAAUGUCAAUUCAGUUAAUGGUAGAAUCAUCAUCAAUAUCAUACACAGGUAGAAAGAUGAAGGGCAAGAUUCCGCAGCCAUCGCAACACAUCCUUUAACAGAAGCUGCUGCCUUCUGUUAUUCUUUUCAGGUUUCGUAGUGGAAGCAGCCAGCAGAAGCCCUCCAGAAAACUUUAUCAUCAAGUAGAACAGUUAAAAAUAGUUUAUUUCUGUAGGGGGAGCCUUUUUUCCUGCUUUUCAUUUCUGGGUUUCUAUCCCUUCUCUUCAUUUUAUCCUACAUUACGUCCUAUUCUUUCUGUGCAUUGAGAUCGUGUACUUUCAAGGUGGGGGUGUGAAAACCAAGUUGAUUAUUAUGAGUGGAUUGUUGGCCAGCUAACAAGAUGUUAAGCCUGUAUUUGGAAGGACUUGAUCCAAACUAGAGUAUAGUUUAUGGCAAUUCAAGUUGCUAAUAGGAAAUUGCCGGUUUUGUUUAGUAUGAGUGUUAAAUUGGAUAUAGUUUUUUCUUAUGUUACAAGGUAACUUUUUUUUUUUUUUUUUUUUUUUUGUGUG